UAUUAAUUAUAUCAUUUUUAAGUGAGGACGUCUGGAUACCCGUUAUAAAAAACACUAAAAAAAAAUUUAGAAAAUGCCACCCAUGGUAGAAGACCGAGAUGAUGAAUCGGAAGUUGAAGAUGUAGUUGGAGAUGGAGCAAAUCAACAGGAAGAAAUCCUUGUUAGCUCUGACACUCCUGCUAAAGGCCAAAUGACCGUCGAAGAUGCUCUUCAGGACGUUUUAAAGCGUGCUCUUGUCGUUGACGGUCUCGCUCGAGGAUUGAGAGAAUGCGCCAAGGCUUUGGAUAGGCGUCAAGCUUUCUUAUGUGUCCUUGUCGAAACUUGUACCGAAAAAGAAUAUAUUAAACUUGUUGAAGCAUUAUGUAGUGAACAUAAUAUUCAAUUAAUUAAAGUAAGCGAUGCCAAAAAGUUAGGAGAAUGGGCCGGAUUGUGUAAAAUUGAUAGAGAAGGUAAUCCCCGUAAGGUAGUAGCUUGUUCUUGCGUAGUUGUUAAAGAUUAUGGCGAAGAUUCUGAAGCUAGGAACGUACUUUUAGAAUACUUUAAAUCACGUUAAGACUGGUUCAGAAGAGAUAUCUUCGUAUUUGAUAUAAUAUAUAUGAAUUGAAUCAAUAAUAAAUUUGUCAUUUAAAAGUAUUUACAAAAUCACCUCUAUAUUAUUUAUAUAAUAUUUAUGUUAAACAUAUUUAUAUUCUAAAUUUUUAUUUACAAAUUAAGGAGUAUCCUUUCUCCAAAUACUAACUGUGCGUGCUCAUGUAUUGAUACAUUUAUAUCUACAAAAAAAAAGAAAAGAGAGAAAAAAUCUUAUAAAUGUUAUAGUAAUAUAAGAAAUCAUUAGAACAUAUCGUUAGAUUUUUCUUAAUUAAAAAUAAAAAAGA